AUGAUAUUUAAAAUUAUUUAUAAAACUUUUGAUGAAACAGAGGUGAGAAUAGUAAAUAUUAGAGUUUUAUCUUGGUUUAGUAGAAUUUGUGAUAUUGUUGAGAAUUAAUGGUUAUCUUUAGUAUGAUAUUAAAGUAAAACUCAUACGUAAAGAUUUGAUUAUAUAGCAAUUAUGUAUAUAACAUUUAAUAAUGAAAAAAAAGGAGAGUCCGUUCCUUGGCAUAGAUAAUCCUGCCUAUAGUUAGAAUAUAUCAUCUCCUAGAUUUGAGGAAUAAUUGUCAAUUUACUAGAGGAAGUAUUAAAACAUAAGAGAAAAAAUUUUGGAACAUUGA